CGCGCUUCCUCGUCUGUUCCGCAUGUUCGGGGCGGCUUGUUCUCUUUUCCUCUCGGCAGAGAAGAGGCAAUGGCGGCGAUGGCAUCUUUCGGCGCCCUGGCGCUACUCCUGCUGUCCAGCCUAUCUUGCUGCUCAGGUAGCCUCCUGCUCACCUCUUAGAGAAUCCUCCAGCCCGUUGCUAGCAGUGUCUUCAAAAAACAAACCUGGCUGUAAACCCCUUUUAGGGGCUCCACAGUGUCCACAGGAAAAAAGCCCAGCUUAGCAGGUCACAGAAGGCAGAGGCCUGCCUGGAACCCCAGAUCACCCCUUCUUACUAUACAACUUCAGAUGCCGUCAUUUCUACAGAGACCGUAUUCAUCGUGGAGAUCUCACUGACCUGCAAGAACAGGGUGCAGGGAGAAUAAGGAUUCCAAUUCACAGGGUUCAGGAGAGAUGAGGGCACAGCGAGGCCAGAUCCUAGCAAGUACUUCAAGAGCAUUUUCCUGACCUGCUUGAACAUGGCUCUUUAUGCCGACGUAAGUGGAAAACAAUUUCCUGUAACCCGGGGCCAGGAUGUGGGCCGAUAUCAGGUGUCCUGGAGCCUGGAGCACAAGAGCGCCCAUGCAGGUACCUAUGAGGUCAGAUUCUUCGAUGAAGAGUCCUACAGUCUUUUAAGGAAGGCUCAGAGAAAUAAUGAGGACGUUUCCAUCAUCUCACCCCUGUUCACAGUCAAUGUGGACCAUCGGGGUACCUGGAAUGGGCCUUGGGUAUCAACGGAGGUGCUGGCUGCAGCAAUUGGCAUAGUGGUCUACUACCUAGCCUUCAGUGCAAAGAGCCACAUCCAGGCCUGAGGGCAGCAUCCUCAGCCCUCCAUUGCUUCUUUCAAUAAACAGUCACUGUUUGCCACGAAUACACUUAAGCCCUGGGGCUCCUGUGUCUGGGCAGAGCUGGAGAUCCAGCUGCCUCUGUCUGCCUGAAAAAUAGAAAUACUGAGUGGAGAGCUGAA